CAGGGGCACAUGACGGGUAAUAUCUGCUGUGGGUCAGGUGAGCUGCCUGAGCUGAGAUAAUAGGAGAUCCUGUGAUGCAGCUGUAAAGGUCUCUGCACAUGACUACAACUGACUGUAAACCAAAUGAUGGAUGAAUUCAGACAGAAAAGCAGAGCAGAAGGGAAUGAAAUCAACAACUCAGUGGGAGCUCUAAAGAACUCAUGGCAAAUCUGGGCAAAGCAGCAUGCAGAUUAUCAGAAACAGAACCCUUUCAGCAACGUCAUACAGCCUGGCACUGCCCAUCUUGACACUAAGGAUACAGAGUAUGGCAAACCCAAAGCUGGCACCCUUACAGAGAAGAGAGGAAAAGAUGCUCAUAGGCACCUUGGCAAGGAAGUAGAGGAACUGUGUCAGGUCAUAAGAAAUAUUGGGGUAACCGCUGAAGAUGGACUGACUAGAGUCACCUUUGGAAAGCUGUUUGAUACUUAUGUGACUAUCUCGAAUAAACUUGUAGGGGUUUUAUUGAGAGCCAGGAAACAUGGGCUGCUGCACUUUGAAGGAGAGAUGCUAUGGCAAGGAAGAGAUGACCACGUUGUUAUUACACUGCUAGAAUAAAAUAAGAGUGAUUAUAUUAGAAACUUUAUUGUAACAAUAACUGAAGGCAAGUCAUUGUAAAGAAUCGCUCCUAGGAGCAACCCCUUUAUAAUUUACACUGGGUAAAUGGGGUAGAACCAUUAAAAAGUUUUAAAAAAAGCUUUCAGAGAAUUCCAUAAAAAUGCAUAGAGAAACUGACAUCCAGGCCACACAGAGCUUGUAAGAUUCAGAGCGUAGAUCAUGUUGUGAAAGUAUGUGAAUAAAGUGCU